GUUAUAAUAUAUAUUUUAUAUAUCAAUUUUAACAAAUGUCAUUUAAAUUCCUCUACUGCGCAAUUUCUUUUCUCAUUGAAUAAUAGUACCGGAAGUCUUUAUAUUUAUUGGUAAAGUCCUGAAACCUUUAAUAAGACUUGCUUGUUUACGUUUGUACAACUGCAUUAAUCAAUAAAACUAUAAUGAAAGGUAAAGUUAAACUGAUAACUUUUGAUGCUACAAAUACUAUACUAAAAUUUUGUGUAUCACCAUGGAAAUUUUAUGCAAAUGUAGCAGAAAAAUAUGGCUAUCAAAUACAUGAAGAUGAAAUUAAGAAACAGUUCCUACACACUUACAAAACGUUGACAAAAAGGCACCCUAAUUUUGGAAGAGAAUCUAUAUUAUGGGAAAAUUGGUGGAGAGAAAUUGUUCAAGGAACUUUUAAAGGGAAGAUAAAGGAUAAUGAGCAUAUUAAAUGUAUUAGUAAUAAACUUAUACAAGACUAUAAGUCAUCAAAAUGCUGGUGUCCUGCAGAUGGUGCUGUUGAUAUUUUAGAACAUGUAAAGUCACAAUGUUCUGAUAUAGGGAUUGUGUCUAAUUUUGACCCACGUCUACAUGAGAUAUUACAGAAUUUGAAUUUGAGUUCAUAUUUCAAGUUUAUUCUGACGUCAUACGAAAUUGGUUAUAGCAAACCUAAUAUAAAAAUCUUUGAAUCAGCUAUUGAACAUAGUAAAUUAAAUUUACUUACAGAUGAAUGCUUACAUAUUGGAGAUGAUUAUGAGAAAGAUUAUCUUGGGGCUAAAAAAGCUGGAUGGCAAGCUAUGCUUGUUACAAACAACACUAGUGGCCUAGGUGACAUAAAGCCGUUGCACUGUUUCAAAAAUUUACAUGAAUUGAAAAUGGCAAUAGGAAAUUUAAGUAAUAGUACAAGUUGAAAGAAAACACUUUUUACCGGAUUGAAGCGAUGUAUUCUUAUAAACUUAUAAUUAUGACACCGUAACCAUGCAUGCUGUAAAGCAAACUAAACUUCAGAAAAUUUUUUUAUUUAAAAUUAUGUAAAAUAAUUAUAAGUUUAUAAUAAUACAUAGCUUGAAUCUGGUAAAAAAGUGUUUUCUUUCAAUGUGUAAAAGCUAUGUUAACAAAAGACAAUACUAAUUGUACAAGUUUAAACUAUCAAUAAGUGCAAUGUUGUUUUAUUGUGAAAACCAUUUAUUAAAAAAAUAGGAUUUGUAUUUUUAUUAUUGGAGCU